GAGACCCCUCAUCUACAGCACGUGGAGGGACAGAGGAGCAGUGAUCCCUGUCUGUGAGAAGAAAUUCCAUCUGGGAAAGUGUCAGACCCAGGGGAUGAGAAUGUCAGCAGCAGCAGCAACAGUCUGACUAUGCAAUCAGUGCAACAGUUUGCUUCUGUGCCGCCUGAGCAGCCCUACCGGCCAGUCAUCUGCACUAACAGGGUAAGCGUGCCACUGUGCCACUGUGCCAGGGAUGAGAGGGGGGCAUCCUGCUGCCAUAGGGCAUCAUUAUUCAGAUCUGCAUAGCCUUGCUUGGAAAAUGUCUUUGACAGAGAUCUGUGUUUUGGGAUUGCAGCAUUGACUGAAAGGUCUUUGGAGCAGAUGAAGAUAAUAUGGGGGAUGGUUGUUCUCAAAAGCUGGCAUCUGCCAAAUACUUACGGAUUUUGCUGCUAAUUCUCAUUCCGUGUGUUUGUGCUCUUAUACUCUUGUUAGUGGUUCUGCUUACGUUUAUAGGUGUAAUAGAUAAAAACUGUUUCUACUUUAAUAAAAGUGACUCAUUAACACCCAACGUUGGAGUAGGAUCUCCGCACAUUCCUUUUGUUGGGAUGGGGGACAACACGUCAGAUGGAACAUUACAAAAAGACUUGGAUAUGCAGCCUACAUUAAGGAAUAUUCCUGCUACUCAGUUUGACCAAAGCUAUAUGAACUUCAGUGGAGUGAAAGAAACUUCACAGAACAACCCAUUUAUCCCUUUUACUCAAAGCACACUACCACAACACAGUGAUAAUGAUAAUUCCUUACUGACCAAAGAAACAGAACAAGAUAAAACCCUACUAAGGACUACAAAUGUCACUUCUAGGGACUUGAAUGAGGAAUCAGUCUCUUCAUCAGUGAAGACAGUUGGACCGGAGAAGCAGGGGUUUGCAAUUAAAGAAGGUGCCUGUAUAAACAUUACAUACAACCAAUGCCAACAUCUGCCGUACAAUUACACAGUUCCCAAAUCAGUGUAUUCAUUUGUUAAGAGCAUAGAGAUGGAAAUGUUCCUCAAGUUCUUCAGCUAUCUCAACCGUCUCAGCUGCUAUCAACACAUUAUGCUUUUCGGCUGCAGUCUGGCCCUUCCCGAAUGCUACAGCCAUGACGACGAGAGCCACCCCCUUCUGCCAUGCAGAUCGUUUUGUGAGGCAGCGCAAGAAGGCUGUGAGCCAGUGCUGGAGAUGGUCAAUUCUUCAUGGCCGGAGUUCCUGAGGUGCUCCCAGUUCCAGAAUAGAUCAGACAACAACAACACCAGCCGCGUGUGCUUCUCUCCAUUGCAAGAGAAAGGAAGGCAAUCUUUGUGCGGAGAGCAUGACAGCUUCUUGUGUGCCAAUGGAGUGUGCAUACAGAAGAAACUAAUGUGCAACGGCUACAAUGACUGCGAUGACUGGAGCGACGAGGUAUAUUGCAAUUGCAGUGAACAUUUAUUCCGCUGUAACACAGGGAAAUGUCUGAAUCACAGCUUUGUUUGUGAUGGAUAUGAUGACUGUGGGGAUCUAAGCGAUGAACAGAAUUGUGGUUGCAACCCCUUGGAAAGUUACCGGUGUGGAGAUGGGCGAUGCAUAACAUUAAGUUGGGUUUGUGAUGGAGACCAUGAUUGUGCCGACAAGUCAGAUGAAGUCAACUGCUCUUGUCACAGCCAAGGACUGACAGAGUGCAAGAAUGGACAGUGUAUUCCCAGUGCCUUUCGAUGUGAUGGAGACAGUGACUGCAAAGAUGGAAGUGAUGAAGAAAACUGCCCUGAAAUAAAGGGACAGCCAUGCCAUGAUGGGGACCCACGAUGUGUAUACCCAGCCUGCUCUGGGGCGUGUAUUAACGAUCCAAACUGUGGGAUAACUCAGAACAAGACUAACUGCAGUCAAUGUGAGCCAAUCACUUUGGAGCUAUGCAUAAACUUGCCUUAUAACUACACAACUUUCCCAAAUUACCUCGGACAUAGGACUCAGAAAGAAGCCUCUAUUAGCUGGGAAUCCUCACUAUUUCCAGCCCUUGUUCAAACCAAUUGCUACAAAUAUCUCAUGUACUUUGCAUGCACCAUUUUAGUACCAAAGUGUGAGCCGGAGACACAUCAGCGCAUACCACCUUGCAGAUCACUUUGUGAACAUUCGAAAGAGCGAUGUGAAUCUGUCCUGGGCAUUGUGGGAUUACAGUGGCCCGAAGACACAGACUGUACUCAGUUCCCAGAUGAAAAAUCCGAUAACCAGACUUGCCUGAUGCCUGAUGAAGAUGUAGAAGAAUGCUCACCCAGUCACUACAAAUGCCGUUCUGGGCGCUGCAUCCUAGCUUCCAGGAGGUGUGAUGGGGAAGCAGACUGUGAAGAUGAUAGUGAUGAAGAAAACUGUGAAUGUGCAGAGAGAGGCCUCUGGGAAUGUCCAGUAAACAAAAUGUGCAUAAAACAUUCCAUGAUCUGUGAUGGAUUUCCUGAUUGUCCAGAAGAGCUUGAAGAAAAGAACUGUUCUUCAUGCACAUCUGAAGAACUAGAAUGCGCCAACCAUGAAUGUGUAUCACGUGAUCGAUGGUGUGAUGGUCUCAUAGACUGCACAGACGGCUCAGAUGAAUGGAAUUGUGUCACCUUGUCUAAAAGUGUGAGCUCUUUGACUUUCCUGACCAUUCACAGGUCAGCAUCUGACUAUCAUGUAUGUGCUGAUGAUUGGGAGGAAGAGUUGACACAAUGGGUCUGCAAUCAACUGGGUUUAGGAGGUCCAUCUAUAACAGCAGAAGCAACAGAACUCGACCACUUUGGACACAAUGAAUGGCUGCAUCUGAAGGAAGACUGGAAAAAACAAAAUGGGUCUACGUUUCAUGAGCUGCUAAUAAAAGGGCAACCAUGUGAAAGCAGACGCAAAGUUUCUCUUCUUUGUACCAAGGAAGAUUGUGGGCGUCGCCCUGCAGCAAGAAUGAGCAAAAGGAUACUUGGUGGAAGGACCAGCAGGCCUGGACGCUGGCCGUGGCAAUGCUCUCUACAAAGUGAUCCAAGUGGGCACAUAUGUGGCUGUGUGCUGAUAGGAAAAAAAUGGGUGCUUACUGUGGCACACUGCUUUGAGGGGAGAGAAAGUGCUGCAGUAUGGAAGGUUGUAUUCGGAAUAAACAACUUGGAUCACCCAUCAGAUUUUGCGCAGACACGGCUGGUCAAGAAAAUAAUCCUCCACCCACGCUACAACAGAGCUGUAGUAGACUAUGACAUUAGUAUUGUAGAACUAAAUGAGGACAUCACAGAAACCAGUUAUGUACGGCCUGUGUGCUUACCAACUAAGGGACAGCUGGUUGAACCGGAUACAUAUUGCUACAUCACAGGCUGGGGCCACAUGGGUAACAAAAUGCCUUUUAAAUUGCAAGAAGGGGAGGUUCGGAUUAUUUCCUUGGAACGCUGUCAAUCCUAUUUCGAUAUGAAGACAAUAACCUCCAGGAUGCUGUGUGCUGGCUAUGAGUCCGGAACAAUAGAUUCCUGCAUGGGAGACAGUGGAGGGCCCCUUGUUUGUGAAAAGCCUGGAGGAAAAUGGACACUGUAUGGCCUCACAUCCUGGGGAUCUGUAUGUUUUUCCAAGGUUUUAGGACCUGGAGUCUACAGCAAUGUGUCUCACUUUGUUGAGUGGAUUGAAAGACAAAUAUACAUUCACAGUUUUCUAAUCAGCUAAAGACAGAGUUGGGUCAGAAUUUCACCUUAGCCUCAUGUGAGGUUUCAUGUGUGGACAUUUCUGUUGUGAAUAGCAACAAGAAUUAUAUAUUUUUUGUCCUUGGUAUUCUGUAUUUCAGUCUGAAAUAUUAGAAAUUUUGUAUAUAAUUGUUCACUUGAAAUUAUUUCUGUGUGUAUUCCAUUCCCAAAUUCCUAACACAGAAAACACAAUUUUCUAUUGUUCUGUUGGAAGGGACUGUGUCAUAGUAAAGUAGGGUUGCCACCUGGCCGGUAUUUCACUGACCUAGCAGCUAAAGUACCAGCCAGGGCCGGUAUUACAAAUUUACCAGCAAUGUAGUUGCCUGUAUAUUUGUUAUACCUUGUCCUCCGGCUCUGGCCUGCCUCCGAUCCAUCCCCAGCCCGCUCUCAAACUUUCGAAUGUGGCAUACUGACUUCCUGCAUAAAGAAAAAUCUUCAGCACACCACUUACAUACAUGUUCUCACAGGGUGCUUGACUUCCACAGCCGCUCCCAAGCCUUUUUUCCAUGUAUCUUUGCAAAGGGGAAGAAGCACUCCAGUGUGUCGGCAAUGCCUUUAAAUCAUUUAUUUGCAGAAAUGAACAAACAGCACAAGCUUUUGGGGGUGACCCCUUCUUCAUUUCUGCAAAUAAAUGAUUUAAAGGCAUUGCCGACACACUGGUGUGCUUCUUCCCCUUUGCAAAGAUACUGACUUCCUGCCCCAUCCCUAUUUACAUCAUUGCUCCAUCCCUGAUAUCAUGGAUCCACCCCCUCUUUGACUUGCCCCCUGCCCUGGCCGGUAAGGAGAAACCUGAAAGGUGGCAACCCUAUAAUGAAGAUAUAUAUAUAUAUAUAUAUAUAUAUAUUUGUAAAGACAGUAGCAAAGCCAGCAUCAAGCUAUUUAAGACAGAUUAAAGGGUGAUUUACUAAAUUCAAUGUGAUUUUCGCUCACAAAGUCAAAUAAAAAUGGUAAUUUUUUUCACAAA